AUGGCGGGCCUUUUUCCUCACCCAAGACGCAUCGUCACUGGCCAUGACGACCACGGCAAUGCCAUUAUCGUCGCGGACAGCCUGAUUCCCUGCCAGCCAACCAAUAUCAAAUGCAAUUUUGCCGUCCUCUACGAGACGCAUCAGUUUCCCGAAUCGAACGACAAGUGGAUCGAUCCGACAAAGUCCCGUACUACGGACUUGGCCAACGAGAAAGGGGUGGUCUUGCGUGUAGUUGACUUUCCGCCGCGCACAAAGACUAUAUUCCAUCGAACCGUAUCUCUUGAUUUUGGUAUUUUGCAUGUAGGGGAAAUUACAUGUCAUCUUGAUGGUGAUGAGCGCAUUGAUAUGAAGGCUGGGGACGUCUGUGUCCAGCGGGGGACUGUGCACGGAUGGACCAACUAUUCGGACGAACCAGCCAGGCUGUUCUUUGUCUUGAUCGCUGCCAACCCAGUGACCAUAGGAGGUCGUAUACUUGGAACAGAGGGGUUUAAGAAGGAAGACAUUGGAUCUGGAGGGCCUGUGAAUGCCGAAAACUAG